CCCAAACCCCCCUCCGUCGACAUAGGUUUUUACCAGUGCGUUGGGGGGAAGCUCCCCCCAAACCCCCCCGGUGAACAGUCAACUAGCCCUUCUGUGUCAUACUGCUGGAGGGGGGGGGUGCGAUGGGACCAUCCAUAUAGUUCCUUCCGACACAUUUUUGUUUUGGUAAUGUAAUACAUUGUGAUUGACCUUAUUCACGGGAAUCGGGCGUUUCCAGUGAUAUACGACACAAAUGGGUUGUCCUCAUGCAUUCACUUUCGAAACGCAUUUUAAAAUAGAUGUUACGUCCUGUUAAUGGGGCACGUCAUCAUCGCGUACAUUUGGGAAAAACUCCCUAACGAGACCGGAGCAGACGGCUGAAAGUAGUUUAAUUAUUGGCCGCUAGGGUACAGAAUGUACGUCGCUCACCCGAAUUUUUCACGCAACUAUAGCUAAAUAGAGCUAGUUCUAGUUUGUGAUUCAAUUUGAUACUUCAGAUUUGGGCAGAAGACCAAUAUAACUUAGUCGUCAGUGUGGUUUUAAGCUGGAAAAACGUAUUUGUUUUUCUUAAAGUGCCUUUUUUGGACGGGUGUGUGCGAGUGUUUUGUUUUUAUGUCACGUGACCCUGAUCAUGUCGACACAAAAUUGAAAUAAACCACCCUUUUCUGUCAUUAUUUAGGACGGAUAUUUCUCUGAUAAAAAUAUUAAUAUAAUUGGCCAAUUUCUUAGGCAUAUGAUGUAGCGAAUUCCCAUGAAGAUUUAAAUUAAUUUCAACCAAUGGGAUAGCAACCACCACCGGAAGAUCGCGGAGAAAUCGGUAAACUCAACGGAGUUAAUUCAGAAAAAUACCAAAAAAAAUUGUUUGUAGGAUAUACAAUCUCUCUUUAUUUCUCAUCAUUCAUUUACAUUAUCUACUCCCGCACACACGUGUAUCUUAAGAGCCCCUCCUAAAGGGGGGCUUAUUAAAAUGCUAUUUAAGCCAUCUAAUGCAACAUUAAGUUCAUAUUUACAUAGGAAAUUGUUCCGGACGCGCACUUUCUCUUCCGGACGCGCUCCGGACGCACAAAUUGUUCCGGACGCGCAUUAGGUAGACCGUCUGAUUUUUGUGCACAAAAACAUGUUUUCCUCUAAAUUUGUGCAACUGCGUCAAGCAGUUCUUCGACAUCAUUGUAUCUCACGCCUUAACCAACAAUCUUCAUGUGCUGCCAUCCGAUUUAAAUCCACAGAUGUGGCCUCAGCUGAAGAAGCAAGUGGUGGUGAUGAUGUCUCUUCUGAUUCAAAGAAGAAGCCCCUGACAAAUAUUCCAUUUGCCAAGGAUUUAUUUCUUGGAAAAUUUGAUACGAGCAUCUUAGAAUACCCAGAGAUUGAGAAUACAGAAGAACUCGAAGAAUUAAAUGCCCUUGUUGCCCCAGUUGAGAAAUUUUUUCAUGAGGAUUUGGAUUCCAAGUCGAUUGAUGAAAAUGCCAAAAUACCUGACGAGACUCUCCAACAGAUCAAGGACUUGGGUCUGUUUGGACAACAGAUUCCACCGGAAUAUGGUGGCCUUGGGUUCAAUGCGACCAAAUUUGCCCGAAUUGCAGAAAUCACCGCUUUGGAUGGAGCCGUGGCAGUCACUUUAGCAGCUCAUCAGUCUAUCGGGCUCAAGGGUAUCCUCAUUGCUGGUACUGAUGCUCAAAAACAAAAAUAUCUUCCAAAGUUAGCCACAGGAGAACAUGUGGCUGCCUUCGCUCUUACAGAACCAUCCAGCGGGAGUGAUGCUGCUUCCAUCCAGACAAGGGCCACAUUGUCAGAAGAUGGCAAAACAUUCCUACUCAAUGGUGGAAAAAUCUGGAUCUCGAACGGAGGAAUUGCACAUAUAUUCACAGUAUUUGCAAAGACGGAGGUGGUCGAUGCUAAGACGGGUGAGAAGAAAGAUAAAGUGAGUGCAUUUAUCGUGGAGCGGGCGUUUGGUGGAGUUACGAGUGGAAAACCAGAAGAUAAACUCGGUAUUAGGGGAUCAAACACGUGUGAAGUUCAUUUUGAUAACACUCCAAUUCCUGUUGAAAAUGUUCUUGGUGAAGUUGGAGGUGGAUUUAAGAUUGCCAUGAAUAUUCUCAACAGCGGGCGUUUCUCAAUGGGAAGUUCAGCUGCUGGAAUUCUCAAAAACCUUAUGGGUUCAACGAUGGAGCAUGCCAGUACAAGAAGUCAAUUCGGGAAGAAACUGAUAGAAUUUGAUCUCAUCAAGGAAAAAUUUGCCAAGAUGGCCACGACAGUUUACGCAAUGGAGAGUAUGGCGUAUCUGGUCGCUGGGACAAUUGACAAGUAUGAGAAGCCUGAUCAGUCAGUGGAGGCGGCCAUGAUAAAGGUUUUCAGUUCAGAAGGUGCGUGGGAAUGCGGGAGUGAGUGCCUGCAGAUUUUGGGUGGUCUGGGAUACAUGAAGGACUACCCCUAUGAGAGAAUGCUGAGGGAUGCUAGAAUCAUGACGAUAUUUGAGGGCACGAACGAAAUUCUACGGAUGUUUAUUGCUCUUGCUGGAGUCCAGCAUGCUGGGAGAGAGCUCAAGGAUUCUGUCAGGAAGCUGAAGGACCCACUCAAUAACCUUGGCUUUUUGAUGACUACUGCUUUGGAGAGAGUGAGGAAAAAAAACCCUAGACUCACACAGAAGAUUCAUGAAUUUGUCCAUCCUACCUUUACUGAUCCGGCUAAUCGGGUAGAAAUACUCACCACGAAAUUCAAGUUUGCUGUGGAAGCGCUAUUGGCCAAGUACGGAAAUGGAGUUGUUGACCGCCAGAUGGAUCUGAAGCGUCUAGCAGAUAUCAGUAUAGACUUGUUAGCCAUGACGUCCUGUAUCUCCAGAGCAUCUCGAUCAGUCUGUAUAGGACUUAGGAACCAUGACCAUGAGAUAAAACUAGCUAAUGCGUUCUGUUGGCAAGCAGAUAAGAGAAUAGAAAAGAAUUUGAUGGAGUUGCAACUUGGUGAUAAUAACGUAGAUGGCACUUAUAAACAAAUAGCAGACGACAUCUUCAAGAACCAGGGCUACGCUGCUGAACAUCCACUUACAAGAAACUGGUGAUAAAAACUGAUAAAAUCAAACUUAGCAGAUGAAAACUCUGUUUGCUGUGACAUUAAAUUGUAAUAACUUAUUUGACAACAAUGCUGCUGUAAACUGGGUAAUGCGACCGUUUUAUUUUCACGCACUUGCAAAAUCACGAAAAUAAAACGCUGCAAAAUUUUCACAGUUUACAGUAUGAUACAGUAAAUGAAUUAUAUUUUUGAAGAUGUGAUAACAAUUGCUUUCUCUUGAAGAGUAUUAGUCGAAAAGAGCUUUUUAUGCAGAAAAAUUGAAAUGACCCAGAAGGCUGGGUCAACAUAGAGUUAACGUUGUCUCCUGUUAUGAAUUACUCAAAAACAAAGAAGACAUUUCCAGAGAGCAGGCCAUAUGAGAUCACAAUGUUACUUUUCACACUCAUGUCAUUUCAUGCCAUGCUCUUGACCGAUGACAUAUGACACAUGAACUGUGACAAGUGACAAUCAAUGUGAAUCAUAUGUAAACCCAAAGACACACACACACACACACACACACACACCCCCCCCCCCCC